AUGUCGUCAAAGCCUACAGUUCUUGUUCUUGGGGGUGUUGGUUUUGUUGGUAGACACUUUGUCACUUAUUUGGUUGAGAAUCAAUUGGCUUCGGAAAUACGUGUUGUCGACAAAACAAUGCCUGUUACUUCCUAUCUCACCAAGAGGCAAACCGAAGUGUUCGAACAAGUCGAAUACGUUCAGGGGAACUUGUCUGAUCAAGCUCACAUUGAAUCAGCAUUCGAGCGAGCCGAUAAUAGUACCUUUGAUUACGUAUUUAACUGUGCGGGAGAAACUCGAUAUUCGCUGAACGAACUGUUUUAUGAACAGCGUAUCUUCAACUUGUCCACACGAAAUGCUCAGGAAGCGGCAAAGCGUGGAGUCAAAUGUUUCGUUGAAUUGUCGACUGCCGAGAUCUACGAAUCUGACAAGAAACCUAGUAACGAGAAGGGGAAGAUAAAGCCUUGGACCACUAUUGCAAAAUACAAGGCUAGGGCCGAGGAAGAGAUCAAAAAAAUUCCCAAUCUAAAUUACGUUAUUCUGAGACCUGCAAUCAUAUACGGCACAGGGGCCACUACUGGUUUGACACCUCGCUUAGUUUGCGGAAGGAUUUACAAGCAUUUGGAUGAACCGAUGAAGGAUUUAUGGACAAAAGAUUUGAAAAUUAGCACGGUCCACGUGAACGACGUUGUACGUGCAAUGUGGCAGGUUGCAACACGGUAUUCUGAUCCUAGCCAGUCAAAUGAAGGAUCACGUAUUUACAACUUGGCUGAUUCUGAUCUAGGCAAGUUGAGCCAGCUGAUCGGCGGAAUCUUUGGAAUCGAAACUGGCUUUCAAAACAGAACUGUCAACACUUUGGUCGAAAAAGACCUUGAUAGCGCCGUUGAGGAGAUCAACGAAAAACACAUUGGCCCAUGGGGAACUUUACUUGAAAAGGCCAAUAUUACCAUUAGUCCCGUAAGUCCCUAUAUUGACAAAGAGUUGCUGCUUCAUAACGCUCUAUCUAUCGACGGGACUCUGAUUACUCGAGAGAUAGGGUUUGAAUAUACAGUUCCUCAACUCACUGAAGAGAAAUUAAGGGAAAUAAUCGACGGGUUCAAAGAAUUGAAUGGUUGGCCUAAUUAG